AUGGCACUCUGGACUGUCAAGCAGGAUUUCCCAGGUCAGGUUGUUGCUAUGAUUUUCGUUUGGCUCCUCAUGUGGACUGUGCAAGUAGUCUUCUUCAGGCCGGGCGAGGGACUGGAGAGCUUCUACCAUUGUCACCUCAAGCCACCUACCGAGAUACUCAACAAACACAUGUCUAUCGGAUUCACAGUCCCCUUUCUUCCGCUUAUAAGCCAAUCGUUCGUGGGUGCAGAGCAAAUAGGCCUUUUGACGACAGCUUUUGCCCUGACAGGUGUGCUGAACUCAAUCUUUGUGUAUGUGAUCGCGUACUACAUACAAUGCUGGAUCACGAAGCUCCACCUCAGUGAUGUCUCGACGUUGUGUACUUUGUCUGGGUACGCGAGCGAUUCGAACGGGCCGAAUGCGGCUGAUGAAGCAGACGCACAAGCAACAUGCGGUGCACUGCCUAAGGACGCCUUGCGGAUAUUGGAGGACGGGACUAGAUCAACAGAUGCAGCCGCCUCCUUGUCGAUGACCGCAUCACGACGCAUCAUUUUAGCUACACGGGUGUGGAUACAGCAUCACGUUUUCCUCAUCCUAUCCAUUCUGCUUUUUCUCGUUUUGGGAGUUCCGUUGUCAUACCUGCGGGACAACGAUUUGUUCCUAGAUACAGGCUUCCUCUUCAUCAUGUGGUUGACAUUCACCUCAGCGCAGGCUAGAUUGAAGCAGCACAUCACAAGCCACAUGCAGCAGCGACAUUACCAUCCACAACAGGCUCAACAGAGGAGUGUUGGCUUGACAGCCUUAGCGACACUGCUUAACCCUGUUCUCUGGACCUCACUCUUCCUCGUCUGCUACGGCUUCGCAAAAUCCUGUAUCCGCCAGGAGCCCACUGCUCUCGUUGUCGCUCGCUUCAAAACCAACAACACUAUUUCUGACAUCAUCGCCCACCACAUCGACCUAUUCGACAUCAGUGACAUAGCAACCUCCAUCCUCAAUGCUGGCAUUGUAUCCUGGGGCUUGAAGCUCUUUGAGUACCGCCACCAAAUAGUAUCUCGUGGCGGCCUCACCGUGCUCAUCACCUCUUCGAUUGUUGCCAUCUUCAACAUCAUAGCGUGGCCUCUCCUCGCCCACCGAAUUGGUGUUCGACCUGCUGCUUCAAAUUUGAGCUUUGCUGCGCGGAGUGUGACCAUCGCCUUAAGUAUACCAGCCAUGGGGAGCCUGGGAGGCGAUGCAAGUGUCAAUGCUGUGGGUGUUGUGGUCAACGGGAUCUGUUUCCAACUUGCGGCAGGAUUCUUGGUGGGCGGACAGGGAAUACACUCUGCAAUGGGGCGAACCGAUGAUGAUGCGGCAAAACACCACGAACGACAGCAGACUGAGCUAACCCUGGCUCAUGGGGAUGACCUCGCCACCGUGGCAGCAGGCGUCACAAUCGGCAUCAACGCCGCGGCGAUGGGCACAGCACACUUGUAUGAGCAGAACAGGAAAGCAGCGCCUUACUCUGCGCUUUCCAUGACCAUGUUUGGGAUCUUCACCGUGCUGUUCACCGUCUCGAGCCCGAUGGUGGAGUGGCUUGUUGCCUCGGUCGGCGGCGGUUCAUGA